UCCCCGCUCUCACUUCUCCGGCAGAGGACGCGCACGCAGGAUCUUUCACUCACGUCAGGAUCAGACCUAAUCAGACAAAAUGGUGAAGAUUGGAAUCAACGGAUUCGGACGUAUCGGUCGUCUGGUGACCAGAGCCGCCGCCACCGGUGGCAAAGUGGAGGUGGUGGCCAUCAACGACCCGUUCAUCGACCUGGACUACAUGGUCUACAUGUUCAAGUACGACUCCACUCACGGCGUGUGGAGGCACGGAGAGGUGAAGGCCGAGGGCGGCAAGCUGGUCAUCGGCAACAUGCACAUCACCGUCUUCCACGAGAGAGACCCGGCCAACAUCAAGUGGAGCGAGGCCGGAGCCGAGUACGUGGUGGAGUCCACCGGCGUGUUCACCAACAUCGAGAAGGCCUCGGCUCACCUGCAGGGCGGCGCUAAGCGGGUGGUGAUCUCUGCUCCCAGUGCCGACGCUCCCAUGUUCGUUAUGGGCGUCAACCACGAGAAGUACGACAACUCCAUGAAGGUCGUGAGCAACGCCUCCUGCACAACCAACUGCCUGGCUCCGAUCGCCAAGGUGAUCAACGACAACUUCGUCAUCAUCGAGGGUCUGAUGAGCACGGUCCACGCCGUCACGGCCACGCAGAAGACGGUGGACGGUCCCUCUGGGAAGCUGUGGAGGGACGGACGUGGAGCGUCCCAGAACAUCAUCCCCGCCUCCACCGGCGCCGCCAAGGCCGUGGGCAAGGUCGUCCCCGAGCUGAACGGGAAACUCACCGGGAUGGCUUUCCGUGUGCCCACCCCCAACGUGUCUGUGGUGGACCUGACUGUUCGUCUGGAGAAGCCUGCCAAGUACGAGGACAUCAAGAAGGUCAUCAAGGCCGCGGCCGAGGGACCCAUGAAGGGAUAUCUGGGAUACACAGAGGACCAGGUCGUGUCCACAGACUUCAACGGCGACACUCGCUCUUCCAUCUUUGACGCCGGCGCCGGCAUCGCCCUCAACGACCACUUCGUCAAACUGGUGUCAUGGUACGAUAACGAGUUUGCCUACAGCCACCGUGUGUGUGACCUGAUCCUGCACAUGUCGUCCAAGGAGUGAAGCCUCCUGACGCCUCCGUGGCUCCUUCUCAUGAUUCCCUCUCUUCCUCCACCUGUAGCUGGAUGAGAACCAGAAUAAAACUCAUAAUAACGAUAACACCUUUUUUUAUAUCAUAGAUUCACUGUGCCCUGUUCAGCAGUGAUGAUUCUGAACUGCCUUGUUCUGAUUGGUCGUGUUGCACAUGUGGCUCCUUUAGCACGUGACACAAUAAUAAAGUCCUCACCUUGAAUGAC